GUGACAGACGUUGUUUGUAAUUCGUUUUAAGCAACUUUUUCAUUGUUCUUAAAAAAGCAAUUAUGGAUCCAGCACUGCUUAGGGAACGCGAGGCUUUUAUGAAAAGAGCUGCUGCGACUCCGAGCAUUGAGAAGAAAAAAAAAGAGCCAGAAAAGGAAACUGUUCAAAAUGAUCAGAAAAAGAAGUCCAAGCCAUCGUCUGUGUCAUCUGGUCCAAAACUUGAUAUGUAUUCAUACAAAACAUCUAGUGGUAGUUCCCAAGUUAGAUUUAGUAUAUUGACAAAAAUUGUGCAGCACAUGAAGGCGAGGUAUCAAGAAGGUGAGGAUCACCCGUUGACACUCGAAGAAAUUCUUGACGAAACAAAUCAACUUGACGUUGGAGUAAGGGCAAAACAGUGGCUUCAAGGAGAAUCUCUGACACAAAAUCCUAAAAUUGAAGUGACACCAGAUGGAAAAUACAGUUUUAAAUCAAAGUACAAAUUGAAAGAUAAAAAGUCACUUUUGAGAUUAUUAAAACAGCACGAUCUCAGAGGAAUGGGUGGUAUCUUGUUAGAAGAUAUCCAGGAAAGCCUUCCACAUUCUGAAAAACAUUUAAAGAAUCUUCAGAACGAGCUUCUAUACAUUACGCGAUCACAGGACAAAAAGAAAAUAGUCUUCUACAAUGACAAAACCGCUCACUUUCCCGUUGACGAGGAAUUCCAGAAGCUUUGGCGUGCAGUGACUGUGGAAGCCAUGGACGACGCCAAAAUCGAGGAGCAUCUGGAGAAACAAGGCAUCCGAUCGAUGCAGGACCACGGACUGAAAAAGGUCGCGGCUAUCAAGAGAAAAAAGCCGAAUAGCAGCAAAAGGAAACAAUUCAAAAAACCGAGGGAUAACGAGCACUUGGCUGAUGUUCUGGAGACGUACGACGAGAACAAGUAGACAGUUUGUCCAUCAGGGUUGCGUUGUUUACAUAUGCGUGUAUAAAAAAAAAAAAAUUGAACUAAUGUUCGUUAAAUCUAGAAAAACAAUCUUAAUAAA